AGCGGCUGCCCCCGUACCCCCCGCGCGGCCGCCCAUCCUCACGGAGCCCAUGGAGGAGCUGGUGGGGCUGCGGGAGGGCUCCUCAGGGAAGCCCGUGACUCUGCAGGAGCUGUGGGGCCCGUGUCCCCGCGUCCGGGGACGCAUCCGAUGCGGCCUGCAGUGGCUGAAGGAGAAGCUCUUCCGGGUGGACGAGGACUGGUACUUCCUGGCCAUCCUCGGGGUGCUCAUGGCCCUCAUCAGCUACGCCAUGAACUUUGCCAUCGGCCGCGUGGUGCGAGCUCACCAGUGGCUGUAUGGAGAGAUCGGGGACAGCCACCUGCUGCGCUAUCUCUCCUGGACGGUGUACCCGGUGGCCCUCCUGUCCUUCUCCUCGGGCUUCUCCCAAAGCAUCACGCCCUUCUCUGCAGGGUCUGGAAUCCCGGAGCUGAAGGUCAUCUUGUCAGGGGUGAUCUUGGAGGACUACCUGGAUAUCAAGAACUUCGGGGCCAAAGCGGCGGGCCUCUCCUGCAUGCUGGCCACGGGCAGCACCGUCUUCCUAGGCAAAGUGGGCUCCUUCGUGCACAUGAGCGUGAUGAUCGCGGCCUACCUGGGCCAGGUGCGCACCAGGACGACUGGGGAGCCCGAGAACGAGAGCAAGCAAAACGAAAUGCUGGUGGUGGGAGCGGCCGUGGGCGUGGCCACCGUCUUUGCAGCCCCCUUCAGCGGCAUCCUGUUCAGCAUCGAGGUCAUGUCCUCCCACUUCACUGUCUGGGAUUACUGGAGGGGCUUCUUCGCCGCCACCUGCGGGGCCUUCACCUUCCGCCUCCUGGCGGUCCUCAACAGCGAGCAGGAGACCAUCACCUCCAUCUACAAGACCAGCUUCCCUGUGGACGUGCCCUUUGACCUGCCGGAGAUUUUCUUCUUUGUGGCGCUGGGGGCCAUCUGCGGUGUCCUGAGCUGCGUUUACCUCGUCUGCCAGCGGACAUUCAUGGGCUUCAUCAAGACCAACCGGUUCACCUCCAAGCUGCUGGCCACCAGCAAGCCUCUGUACGCUGCCCUGGCUGCCCUGAUCCUGGCCUCCAUCACCUACCCACCUGGCGUGGGCCGCUUCAUGGCCUCCCGGGCCACCGUCCUUGCCCAGCUGUCGAUGGGACAGCUCUUGGACUCACUAUUUGACAACAACUCGUGGGCAUGGAUGACCCGGAACUCAUCCCUACCCUGGACGGCAGAGCCCGACCCCCAGAACCUGUGGUUCGAGUGGUACCACCCACAGCUCACCAUCUUCGGGACGCUCACUUUCUUCCUGGUUAUGAAGUUCUGGAUGCUCAUUCUGGCCACCACCAUCCCUGUGCCUGCUGGGUAUUUUCUGCCCGUGUUUGUUUAUGGAGCUGCUAUCGGGCGCCUCUUGGGGGAGGCUCUGUCUCUCGCCUUCCCUGAGGGCAUCGUGGCUGGAGGGGUCAUCAACCCCAUCAUGCCCGGGGGCUACGCUCUGGCAGGGGCCGCGGCCUUCUCGGGAGCGGUGACCCACACCAUCUCCACGGCGCUGCUGGCCUUUGAGCUGACCGGCCAGAUCUUGCAUGCCCUGCCGGUGCUCAUGGCGGUGCUGGUGGCCAAUGCCAUUGCUCAGAGCUACCAGCCCUCCUUUUACGAUGGCACCAUCAUUGUCAAGAAACUGCCUUACCUGCCACGGAUUCGGGGACGCAAGAUUGGCUCCUACCCCGUGACGGUGGGACACUUCAUGAACUGCGCCAUCACCACCCUGGCCAAGGACGCCCCGCUGGAGCAGGUGGUCAAGGUGGUGACCUCCACAGAUGAGGCCCAGUACCCCUUGGUGGAGAGCACAGAGUCCCAGAUCCUGGUGGGCACCGUGAGAAGGGCCCAGCUGGUGCAGGCCCUCCAUGCUGAGCCAGCUUGCCCGGAUGCAGGCCAGCAGCGCUGUCUCCAGGACCUCUUGGCGGGGGGCUGCCCCAUGGAGCCAGUGACCCUGCAGCUGUCCCCAGAGACCACGCUGUACCAGACGCACCACCUGUUUGAGCUGUUGAACCUGCAGUUGCUCUACGUGACGUCGGGGGGCAGAGCUGUGGGUGCAGUAACCUGGGUGGAGUUAAAGAAAGCGAUUUCCACCGUGACCAACCCACCAGCCCCGAAGUGAGCCAGCCUGGCCAGGGAGGGCAGCGCCCAGCUGCUGGGGCGGGAUGGAGAACUGCCUCUGCCCCCGAUGCCACCACCCACCCUCCCCUGCCCCCCAGCCACCGCACUGGGGCGCUGGCAGCUCUUCUCUCGCCCCAAGGAGGGGCCCACAGCCCUCUGUC